CACUGUAACGUGGAUGUAAACUUGCCGUCUGUAAGUCAGACUGCACCCUCCAGCCAGCCCGGGGACAGCUUCAGCAGCGAGGAGACCCUGUGUCUGACCGUCUCCUGUCCUCUUUCCCAGCCUGACCAUUAAGACCAUUUAAGGUUAAAGGGUUUUCCUGCCUUGGUCAUGGCACCAAAGAGACGAUCUGCUUCUGCUGCCAAAGCAGUUGGCAAGAAGGUGAAAGUAGAGCCCGAGCCACCAAAGGUCAAGGAUGCCUUCACCUCUGCAAAAGAGGCCCUUCUGGCUGCAGGGCCACAGGUGAAAGGGAACAGGAAGGUGGAUGAGCACUGCAGACUGUCAGCCUGUGGGGAGGUAUACGAUGACUACGACUGCAUGCUCAACCAGACAAACAUUGGACAUAACAAUAAUAAGUUUUAUCUCAUUCAAGUUAUUAAAGCAGACAACAAAUACUAUUCAUGGAACAGAUGGGGUAGAGUGGGGGAAGCAGGACAAAGCAAACUCAACCCCUUUGAUAACCUUGAGCGUGCUGUCAAGGACUUUGAGAAAAAGUUUAAGGACAAGACAAAGAACAACUGGUGCGAGCGGUCAAAUUUUGUCUCCCACCCUGGGAAGUACACCCUGAUUGAGGUGGAUGGAGAGCAGGAUGCUGAGGUCAAGGUGGACAUUGUCGACGGAAAGACUGACAUCGUCACUAAAAAAGUUCUACCUUGCACCCUUGAGAAGGCUACAAAGAGCCUCAUCGAGUUAAUUUUCAGCAAUGACAUGUUCAAAGAGGCGAUGGAAUGUAUGAACCUAGACAUCAAAAAGAUGCCUUUGGGCAAACUCAGUAAGAUGCAGAUUGCAAAGGGGUUUGAAGUGUUGGAGGAGAUUGAGGGAGCUAUGAACCAAAGAAGUGGAAAAGCACGCCUGGAAGAACUUUCCUCAAAGUUCUUUACCACAGUCCCACACAACUUCGGCCGUAACAGACCGCCAACCAUCAACAGCAAAGAGAUUGUGGAGAAGAAGAAAGAGAUGCUUAUGGUGCUGGCUGACAUCGAGCUUGCCCAGACUCUGAAGUCAGAGACUGAAAAGGCUCAGGAAGAGAUGAUCGAGACAGUUCCUCACCCUCUAGACCAGGACUAUAAGUCUCUUAAAUGCAGGCUGACUCUAAUGGACAAGGAUACAGAAAUAUUCAAGAUCAUAGAAAAAUACUUGAAAGCGACUUCAGGUGGCUAUUGUAAACCAAACAUUGUCAAUGUUUGGGAAGUUGAUCGAGAGAUGGAGGGAGAGCGGUUUAGCGAGAAUGAUAGUCUGGAGAACCGCCGUCUGUUGUGGCAUGGUACAAACAUAGCAGUGGUGGCUGCUAUCCUAAAGAGCGGCCUGAGGAUAAUGCCCCAUUCAGGAGGACGUGUUGGUUCCGGUAUUUAUUUCGCAUCUGAAAACAGCAAGUCUGCAUGUUAUGUGCGCACCUCUAAAAAUAGGGGAGUGAUGUUUCUGAGUGAGGUAGCCCUUGGCAAAGAAUACAUCAUCACCAAAGACGACUGUUCCUUGAAAAACCCUCCUGCAGGCUAUGAUAGUGUGGUGGCACGAGGAUCAGUGGAGCCAGAUCCCUCUGAGGACACCUUCAUCACCCUGGAGGGCAAGAUGGUUGCUGUGCCUCAGGGUGAGCCCAUAGCUCAGCCUCAGUUCUCAGAUAGCUUCUUCGGCAACAGUGAAUAUCUCAUCUACAAAGAGAGCCAGUGUCGCCUUCGGUACCUGCUGGAGCUGAUCAUGUAGCACCAAGUCAACUCAAGGAAAGAAGCAGGUCCUUUGAAAAGUUCCUCAUUCCCUCUGUAUAAGGGGCUUCCUAAAAAGCUUGGCUAUGCUGUUUGCCUCUAGUAAUAAAUCUAUUGUCUUUAUUGUGCAGAUGUUCCUACCAUGAUGCACAAAUUAUUAAUUCUUCUAUGUGCCUUAUAUUUUGCACACUGUAAAACUGGAAGACUGCACUUCCGAUAUGACACAUACUGACAUUGUAUUUACUUUACUCUUACAAAAAGAUUACCUUUUUCAUUUCUUGAUUUUUACAUAUCUAAAAUGUCUCUAAAUGUUUGCACUGUUUUGUUUACAAACAACACCCUGUUUUCUGUUUGUUUCCCAGUUUUACAUACUGCAUUAUUUAAUUCAAGCGGUAAUGCUAAUAUAAACCUGUCCCUCAGAGAGAAAAUAUCUUUGAUAUGUAGGAGGAAUGUACUGUAUGCCUUUGCAGUUAUAUAGGCAUUUUGAAUGAAGUUGUAUAGUAGAGCAGAUGUAAACAUGACACUCUAUGCACUGAUAUGUUUACAGGUUAAAAUGCAAUUUAUGGCUAACAUUUAAUGUCUGUUAUAAAUCUUAUAUUUUGUUGAGCUGUUGAGAAGGAGUCUGAAAGUACUUCUGCAGUGCAAAGUAAUGCAAGAUGUAAGUUAAGAAUAGAUUGGGCAAAUGUCUUGCCCAGUACUUUUAGCUAUAUUACAAAUGCCACCAUAUGGUGUCAGUAAUGAGCAACUCCCUUUCAAAUGUAAUUGCCUCUGCAAGACAUUACUUGAACCAAUAAUUGGUUAAUAAACUGAAGUGCCCCUCUAA